AUGAAGUUUUGGAGGGAACGUGAAAGGGAGAAUAAAGAGCAGAUCUUAGCUCCAUUAUGUGGGCAAGUUCGAGUAUUGGUGGUUGGUGAUUCAGGUGUUGGAAAAACAUCACUUGUACACCUCAUUAACAAAGGUUCUUCUAUUGUUCGCCCAUCUCAAACUAUUGGAUGCACAGUUGGUGUCAAGCACAUAACUUACGGGAGUUCAGCUAGUUCUUCGAGUAGCAUUCAAGGCGACGCAGAGAGAGAUUUCUUUGUUGAACUCUGGGAUGUAUCAGGGCAUGAGAGAUACAAAGAUUGCCGCUCAUUGUUCUAUUCACAAAUCAAUGGAGUUAUUUUUGUUCAUGAUCUCUCUCAAAGAAGAACAAAAACAAGCUUGCAGAAAUGGGCGUCCGAGGUUGCAGCGACUGGAACUUUUUCAGCUCCUCUUCCCUCGGGAGGUCCUGGUGGUCUUCCUGUUCCAUACAUUGUUGUUGGCAACAAAGCAGAUAUCGCUGCGAAAGAAGGAACGAAAGGAAGCAGUGGAAAUCUUGUUGAUGCAGCUCGUCAUUGGGUUGAGAAGCAAGGUUUGCUUUCCUCAAGUGAGGAACUUCCUCUCUUUGAAAGCUUUCCUGGUAAUGGCGGUCUCAUAGCGGCCGCUAAGGAAACCAGAUACGAUAAGGAAGCUUUGAACAAAUUUUUCCGAAUGUUGAUUAGACGAAGAUAUUUCUCAGACGAACUACCUGCAGCUUCACCGUGGUCUGUUUCCCCUGUUCCAAUGUCAUCAUCCCAACGGUUAGACGAGAUCAAUAGUGAUGAUGAUCAAUUUUACAACCGAAAAAGUCUACAUGGAGAUCCAUACAAGUACAAUAACACGAUACCGCCACUUCCAGCACAACGCAACCUAACUCCGCCUCCUACACUCUACCCGCAGCUACCGGUGUCUACUCCUGAUCACUACGCAAUCCCGAGAUUCUCUCUUUCGAGUGUACAAGAAACACCAAACAAUGGCAGCGCCAGAUCUAAGCGAAUGGAUAUUAACGUCUGA